UUCAGUGUAUUUAAUUAAGAUUUUUAUCAGUCACAACACAUUUUAGUAAAUUAAUUUAUCUCUGUGUUAAGUAACGUUUAUACCUAAAGCAUUUCAUACCAUGACUUAAAGGAUAUUUUUAAAAGUAAUAAAAAGAUGUUGUGACUUGUGUGUGAAGUGUCUUAGGACUAAUAUUUAUUGUUGUGAGAUACAAUCACUUUAAUAUACUGCAACAUGGAACCUCAGAAGCCAUUUGUGUGUACGUUACCAGACUGCGGGAUGUCCUUUACGAACGAAGACCACUUACAUGUGCACACUAAAAAACAUGACAUGAUUCUCCAGUUAGGCAUGGAACAGAAGGCUGCCUUUGUCGCUGAUCAGACACCUACUCCCACUAGGUUCAUCAGAAACUGCGAGGAGGUGGGUCUGUUCCAGGAUCUACAGAGUGUCAAUCCAUUUGAUGAAGGCUUCAAAAGAGCCAUGAUGGAUAAACAAGGUGUGCUCUCAGUUGAGAGUGAGCCCACAUCGGAGGAUGUUCUUCACACGCCCCACCUGGUGUUCCCGCUGGAGCCCGGGGACACAGCUCAGUACACAGCAAACAACAAACAGAACAUCACAAUUAGCAGAUCAUCGAGUGACGAGACAGGGGCCGUGAAAGAAUAUGAAACCACCACAAUAUCUAAAUUAACAAACAAGGUGACCACAAUCAGUAGGGUAGUAAGCAAACCAGACGUCGUGGACAGAGUCACAGAUGAUGUAUCCAUAGUACGACACGAAAAUAACGUCAUCAAAAUACACAGCAAUGUAGAAAUACGAAAAGACGAAAUAAUAGAUGCCAAUAAAGACGUUAAAAGUACGAAAUAUGUGAAAAAAGAUGCUCCGCCCAUAAUGAGUCAGCAAUCGAUAGAUUUGGUUGUAGAUUCACUAAUGAAUGCAAAUUCGGACAAGAGUUCCAAAAACUUCAAACGAAAAAUUGAAACUGAUGAAAGCAACAAAUCGGGAGUAGAAGACGAUCUAGAAGUUAUUGUGAGGCUGCCCAGUGGUAAAAAUAUUAGAAUGAAAGCUGUCGACGAGGAGAACAAAGAGAGAAAUAUAAAAAAUGACACAAAAGAGAAAUUAAAGCACAUUAUAGCCAGUAAGAAUAAAGUAGCAUCACCGAACACACCAGUACAGUUACCUUGUACCACUGCAACACUUAUACCUAUUACGAUUGUGACCCCUAAAGUGAUGAAAAAAGUCCCCAUACCUGUGUUACCCAUUCACAUGAAAAAAAAUGAUAACAGAACUGAAAGCAUUCCAAAAAAAGUAAAUACAAAUGUUGUUAUAUAUCCAAAGGUGCCAAUAGCACCUUUAAAACCUAGAAUAAAAGUUGAAGAUAGUCACAAAAGUAAUUUAGAAAAUAGAUCAGCAGCAUCAAAAAGAUAUAGAGAGAGAUUCAAAGAAAAGAUACUCAGACAGGAAGAAGAAAAUCGGCAACUUAAAGAAAAAAACAAAAAAUUGGCAGCUGAGAAAGCAGCACUACAGUAUAUUUUAACUAAACAUAUGAAGACAUGUCCGAACCCAGAUGACAUACGAGAGUUCCAAAAUGCUGACAAAUUCAUCUUAAACGAGAUAUAACAUAAAAAAAUAAAGAUCACUUUUAAAAG